CUGAGGUCUGAUUUCACUUGCUCACUGUUGCUGUGUUUUUUUUCCCCUGUUUCAGCUCAGAAUUUGCAGAAGUCAUGGCUGAAAAAAUUGUGCUGCAUUAUUUCAAUGGCAGAGGCAAAAUGGAAUCAAUCCGCUGGCUUUUGGGAGCAGCAGAUGUGGAUUUUGACGAGGUCUUUCUGACAACACGCGAACAGUACGAGAAACUCCUCAGCGAUGGAGAUCUCAUGUUUCAGCAGGUUCCAAUGGUGGAAAUUGACGGCAUGAAGCUCAUUCAGACAAAGGCCAUCUAUAAAUACAUAGCAGAGAAGUACAAGCUUCAUGGGAAUGAUCCCAAAGAGCGAGUCAUCAUCGACAUGUACUCAGAGGGCUUGAUGGAUCUCAUGGAGAUGAUAAUGAUACUGCCUUUUACCGCAGAUGUGAAGGCAAAACUGGACAAUAUUGAGAGCAAAGCAAAGGAGCGCUACCUUCCUGUGUUUGAAAAGGCACUGUGUGAGAAAGUUCACCUGGUGGGCGGUAGACUGACCUGUGCAGAUGUGCUCCUGUGUGAGUGCACAAUGAUGCUGGAGGAGAAAUUUCCUGGAAUCUUGGCUGAUUUUCGCAACAUCAAGGCUUUCCAGGGCAGGAUGACCCAGCUGCCCGCAAUCAAGAAAUUCCUUUCACCUGGGAGCAAGAGGAAGCCGCAGGUAGAUGAAGAGAUGUUGAAGACCGUCGAAAAAGUCUUCAAGAUAAAAUUUCCUUUGCCAUGAAACCUAUGAUUGUCAUUAUGCACCAUGUAGAAGACGUAGACCAGCUGUAGUUUGUGCUCGGUGAAAAAUUCACAAAAAGAAACAAAUCGAUUAUGUGCAUGACUCAAAUGUACUCAGAUUAUAUGAUUUAAGAUUUUACAAAAUAAAUUCUUACUGUGGCAACCCC